GAAAGCCAGUAGAGGGAGGGUCACUGCCCUUGGCGGUGGGGUCGUGCUGGGCGCCGGCGCCGCAGUCAUGGCAAACUUGCUUCAGAUUAUGCGUGACCACUGGGUUCACAUACUUGUCCCUAUGGGCUUUGUCUUUGGAUGUUAUCUAGACAGAAAGAAUGAUGAAAAGCUAACAGCCUUCCGGAACAAGAGUAUGUUAUUUAAAAGGGAAUUGAGGCCUAAUGAAGAAGUUACCUGGAAGUGAGGCUGCACUGAGUUAUGGAGUGCUAGCGUUUUACGAGAUGCAGGAGAAAUAAAAACAUGUUUACUAUUUGAAAAAAAAAAAA